AGAUGUAUUUAGGGAUGGAUUUACUGGGGGGCCCCCCCUUGCCCUGGCCAGAGGGGGUGCAGGGGGGUGUGUGCUAUUUUUCGUGAUAAAGCAAAAAAUUAUUAGAGACAAAAUGACAUACAGUAAUUUGAGUAAUAACAUGAUGAUAAGUGAAAUGUGAACAACAAUUACAAUUUAAAUACAGUAGUCAAGCAGGACUUUGCAGUAGUGAAGCAAGUUGAUGGGUGGGUGGCACACAUGACCGACACAACUCGGCACCAGAGCUGGCAGAGCACCCCCCUACCAGAUCAUGCUGGAUCCAUCCCUGGAUGUAUUUACUGCCAUGGGGAUGCACCCCCUUAACAUUGGCAAAGGGGUGUAAGGUGGGGGGGGGGAAGGUAUUUCAUCAAAUCAUUUUUUUUUUCAAUUUGGAAAGGCAAUAUCCUGUCACCAUUACCACAAUAAUACCCCUCACUGCUGUAUGUAGCUACAAAUGAUCACAGACUUGGUCAACACUCAUACACUGAACCAUAUAUAGGUCGAUGAGCACACCCGGCAUCCAUUUGUACAGACAACUUAUACAACACCGAAAUAAAGCCAAAAACAUUUUAAAUUUCAAAUAUUCUUGCUACAUCAAAAGACUGUUUAACCAAAUCUAUGAAGGUGCACAGUAAGUAAGGUACACUUCAACAUCAAACACUACUGUAGUACUGUAGGUCUUCUAUUUUGUAGCUUUGAAGUUUGCAGGCUUCCAGACCAUCAUAAUGAUCAUAUCUUGACAGACUAUUGUUUGGUCUAUAAAAGACUUAGUUCCUUCACUGUCCCUCGAACAAAAUCGAUCAUAACGAGAAUUUUUAGAUAUUAAUCACAAGGCGUAAAAUUGCAUUACGUAUAACUAUAGUCUAUAAACAACUCAAAUAUUAACAUUAAAUUUAUGUUCCUCUUCAAAGAAUAUUCAUUGAAAAACUAUUUGUUUGAAAUAAGACGUUAACUAUUCAGAUUCACCUGCUUUUGUUGGUAGGGUUUAUUGUUUUACUAUUUAGAUAUAUAAUAUAUUCAUUGACUCGUGUACAUUGCAGUUUCUGUCUUCGUUGAAAACAUACUAGAACUUAAUAACAUUUUGUCAAAUGAACUUAAAAGCUUCCAUUUUGUUUUCCUUUACAAAAAAGUUAUCGAUGAAUGCACAAAGUUGUUAAAAUUUGCUAUUUCCUCUUCGAAACAAAAUUGUUCGCUCCUGACAGCCGUCAUUUUACAUUGCACAGAAAUACAUAAUUAUGCAAAACAUAUGCAUAAAUUUAAAUAUUAACCUUGACGUCACAGACAAGAAAUAUUAACCAUUGACCCAGCCGUUAAGUGGGCGAGUGGCGAGAACACAACGGCUGGAAUCUGAGCCUAGGCUCAGGGCCCCCUAGCCCCCCCCUAAUUAUGUGCGUAUAAUGUUGCUACUUUCAAGUUUAAAUCUCAUUUGCGUGGCGUGGUUAUCCAUCCUCCGUCCAACGUUUUUAGUCCAGGAUAAAAUGUUUCGGAAAUUCCUUAAAAAAAUCCUCAAAAACCUAAAUUCCUUAAAAAAAUCCUUAAAACUCUUCAGAAUUCCUAUUUUUAAGGAUAAUUCCUUAAAAGUGAGAGCACUGCUCUGACCGUAUAGUGAUGACGUAAACUUUAUAUAGGUCUAUGCGCCGAGGGGACUGACCUAACCUUGGCAGCCUAUACUUGCAAUGGGGGGCGGUGAGUUAACCUGUGCCUUGCCCGCUGUAGGAACGAGUGCUGCCUGCUCUCUCAGGCAAAAUGUCUCUUCACCCUGCUGACGAACGCUAGAGGACACAUGAUUUUGAAAAAAGAAUGACUAUUAGCAAAUUAUUGGGGUGGGGUGGGGGGGGGGGGCUGCAGCCCCAAGCCCCUCCCGUUGAUACGGCCCUGGAUAGAGUUUAAAUCAGACAAAACAGGAUCGGUAUUUCAACAGCCAAUUUGCUAUGGCGCAUGAACAACGCGAUAUAAAGAAUACAAAAACAUUAUUGUGUUAAAUGAUGACUGAAAAUGAGAUACAAUUCUAAAGAACAUUCUCGUUUACUGAUAUUUUUGGGUGUGUUUUUGACGUUGUUAAGAUUAUGUAACGCGCCAAAAACAUAGGGGGGCUCAGCCCCCUCAAGUGAACAUGAAAUUUUAACAAGGGGUGCUAAGCCCCCGAGCCCUCCCUCCACUACACCACUUGGCCUAUCUUCUAAGCAAGGAUUUUUUUUUUGCACUAGGUUAUAUAUUGAUUAUAUGAAGUACUGGAUAUAGACGCAUGCGCAAGGGAAUCUCGAUAGAGAGUUGAGAGGGCGAGGAGUUCUUUUCAGAAAUAGUCGUUAUUGCACAUAUUUGUAGAUUAAAGGUUAUUUUGGGCAUUCAAUCCUUACUCGGCUACACGAGAAAUACAUUACAAAUUGGCGAUGAGGAUUAAAAUUACAUGGCACAGCAAAAUAAUACGUGCUUCGGCGUUCUGGAACCUUUCGAUGGGUGGGAUUUUAUAGAUUACAGUGAGAGACUGAAUGCAUAUUUUAUUGCAAAUAACAUUGGCCAAGUCGCAGCAGAUGCAAAUGAAAGCUGCAAAACAAGCUGCAGACAAAAGGAAAGUCGCCGUAACUAUUUCGGUGAUGGGGAAAACAGGGCCGUCCUCAGGAAAUUCUUUAGGGGUGUGUAAUUCAAUUCAACCGACUGGUUCAAAAAAAUUUUUCCGGAACAAAAUUUUUUGGUCGACCUCCCCCCCCGUCGCCAAAAAAAUUUCGAUCAGUGUAUCAUUUUAGGGGUCCAAAAAUUUUCCGGACGUACACAAAUUUACCGGAACAUUCAAAAAUUUUCCGGACAUAACAAAUUUUCAACAUUUUUUUACAUUUUUCCAAAAUUUUAACAUUUUUCCUCAAAAUUUUCCUAAAUUUCGCAACACGUUCUUGCCCUUUGCGCCAAAAAUAUUUAACCCAAAUAGCAGUUCUACCGACUGAAUAGCAGUCCUACCGACUGAAUAGCAGUCCUGCCGACUGAAUACAAUUACUGGGGGGGUGUCACACCCCCCCCCACACCCCCCCGUAGCUCCGGGCCUGGGGGAAAAGCACAUACAGUACAUUGAAAGAUUUCUGCCUCCCUGAUUUACCAGCUGAAAAGUCGUACGGAGAAAUUAUUACAAUACUCAAAGGAUUUUACAAACCGAAAGUACUCGAAGUCGCAGAGACAUACCGAUUUCAUCAAGCAGUUCAAACGGAAAGCGAAAGUGUAACUCCAUAUGCAAACAAACUGAAACGUUUAGCUGUUCAUUGUAAUUUUGGCACCUAUCUUAGGCCUGUUUCAUACGUCGAAUUUAAUUCAGACGAAUUUAAUUCGUUAUUAAAUUCGUCAAUUGGUCGACACUAAAAUGGUUUCGUUUCAAACGACGAAUUUAAUUCAGACGAAUUCAUUUCAUGUCUAGCGAUCAUGGAUUACCCAGAAGUAAAAACCACGAGACCAGAAAGAGAGAAACAGACUUUAACAUAAUUUAUGCAUUUAAUUCGACACGACGAUAACACGUCGUAUGAAACGAAGACGCGCUACAGACGUUGUAUCCGUCUGACCAUGACGGAUACAACGUCUUGGACGAAUUUAAUUCAUCAGACGGAUUUAAUUCGUUUCAUACGACGCACUAACGUCGCAUUUAAUUGGUUCAAUUAAAUUUGUCUGAAUUAAAUUCGACGAUAGUGCGACGUAUGAAACGGGCCUUACAAGGGCAUUACGAGAUCAAUUUGUUGGGGGCGUUCGAACAUGGGCGUACCGGAAGGAAAAAAUUAGGGGGGCGGAAAGAAAAUUGCCCGACUUUUCGGGAUUCUGCCCGACUAGUACCAAAAAUUUUUUUCCGGAAAAAUUAUUUUCGCCCCCCCCCGUCGCCAAAAAAAUUUCGGUCAGUGUACCAUUUUAGGGGUCAAAAAAAUUUCACACAAAUUUUCGAAAAAUCACAAAAUUUGCCAAAAAAUUGACUUAAUUUUAGACAAAAUUGUCAGAAUUUGUCCCAUUUUUUUUUAAUGCAAACCGAAAUUGCCCGACUGUUGAUCGAAUAUUGCCCCCCCCCGCCACCCCCCGCCCGGUACGCCUAUGCGUUCGAAGUAGAAGUACUAGAAAGAAACUUCUUUCUGAAGACAGGACAUUUGAUCAAGCAGUAAAGGUUGCCCAAGCAGAUGAGCUAGCAGAGAAAGAAUCGAAAGAAUUGCUUCUCAGUGCUGAAAGAACGGAAACCACACAAGCCCACAGUAUAUCAAACAAGAAGAAAUAUCAUUUCAAAGGCGGGGAUGCAAACAAGGCAAAACCUUUUGAGCAAGGGAAAACUUGUUUCAGAUGUGGAUCUACACAACAUUUGGCAGACAAGUGCAGCCAUACCUAUGCAACAUGUAACUAUUGUAAAAAGGCGGAACACUUGGCAAAAGUAUGUUUCAAGAAAAAGAAGGCAGAUAGCAAUGCCAAGGCACAUAACAUUGUAGCAACACAUACUGAUGAAUCUAGUGGCAGUGACAGUGAAAUGAAUUCUGUUAACGGUACACCAGUAACUAUUUUUAUGCAGAAUAUAAAUUCGGUGGGACAGAAAUCAGAAAUCUCGCCACAAUACAAAUUGGGAGUGAAUAUUAAUGGUCAAGAAGUCUCCAUGGAAAUUGACACUGGAAGUUCAGUAACAUUAUUAAAUUCUAGUGAUUUUGAAAGAAUGGGUGGUGACACAAAUGUUUUGAAACCUGCUACAGUGUUAUACGGGAAAUGAAAUCAAGUGCUAUGGAGAAGUUAUACGGGAAAUGAAGUCAAGUGCUAUGGAGAAGACAACAUGAAAGUCAAAGUGGGAGAACAAGUAAGUGACAUAAAAAUUCGAGUGGUUGAAGGACCAUCACUACUAGGACAUGAUAUUAUGACUAAAUUUAGACUACCGUGGCACAACAUUUUCAGUAUUGUUCCUACCACUGCAGAGGAUAUUAUACAACAAUAUCCUGAACUGUUCGAUGAAAGACGAGUAGAAAAACUGAAGGAGGUACAAGUGUCAUUAAGAGUAAAUGAUGAUAACCCAGUGUUUAUGAAACCCAGAGUGGUACCUUUUGCAAUUCGGAAAAAAUACGAAGAAGCAUUAGAGAAACUAGUCCAGGGUGAUAUUAUUGAAAAAGUAGAGCACUCGGAGUGGGCUUCACCGACGGUUCCUGUGAUUAAGCCUGAUGGCAAUGUAAGGAUCUGUGGAGAUUAUUCUGGUACAAUUAACCAGGCAGCUACAUUAGAACAAUAUCCAGUACCUACAUUUGAAGAGUUACUAAGCAACCUUUCAGGGGGAACGAAAUUUACGAAACUUGAUCUUUCACAGGCAUACCAUCAAUUAGAACUCACCCCUGAAAGUAGGAAGAACACAACAAUAAAUACCCAUCAUGGGUUAUACCAGUACAAACGAUUAGUUUUGGGGGUAAACAGUGCGGUGUCCAUCUUCCAACGUACCAUAGAAAAUGUAUUCAAAGGUCUUCCGGGAUGCUGCGUUCGGAUCGAUGAUAUCUUGGUAACAGGGAAAACUGAUGAGAUUCAUAUGGAGAAUUUGCAUCGUGUUCUGCAAAGAUUACUAGAGAGCGGGCUUAAACUCAAGCGUGAGAAAUUCCAUUUCAUGCUCGGGGAAGUUAUUUAUUUGGGAAGGUCAAUCUCGGAAGCCGGCAUUUCACCAACAGAGGAGAAAGUGCAAGCCAUCAAAGAUGCCGCCCCUCCGGCAAAUGUUUCUGAGUUGCAAUCUUUUAUUGGUACAGCAAAUUUCCUGCGUAAGUUUGUGCGAGGGUUCGCAGAAAUUAUGACACCUUUGUACAAAUUACUUCGGAAAGGAACUCCAUGGAAAUGGAGUAAAACUGAACAGGAAGCAUUUACCACUAUCAAGUCGGCAUUGUGUUCGGAUUCUAUAUUAAGACAUUACGACCCAGCUGCUGAGCUGGUACUCCAGUGUGAUGCAUCUUCUAUAGGAGUUGGAGCUGUACUGUUCAUGAUGGCACAUUACAACCAGUAG